CGCGCCUCCGCCAUCGUCGCCUGUGGUAAAAGAAGAGGCUAGGGUUUCGGAAACAUUUUUCUUUCUACAAAACUCUAACCCUAGCCUUAGCCCUCGAGCUCGGCCUCCAGGGGCGCUUCCAUCCAUGGCGACGACGCGGGUGCUCUCCCAGAAGGAGCAGGACAUCCAGAUGAUGCUCGCCGCCGACGUCCAUCUCGGCACCAAGAACUGCGACUUCCAGAUGGAGCGCUACGUCUUCAAGAGAAGAUCCGACGGUAUCUUCAUCAUCAAUCUUGGUAAAACUUGGGAGAAACUUCAGCUAGCUGCUAGGGUCAUCGUUGCCAUUGAGAAUCCUCAGGAUAUUAUUGUCCAAUCUGCAAGGCCAUAUGGUCAGAGAGCUGUCUUGAAGUUUGCUCAGUACACAGGUGCUCAUGCUAUUGCUGGAAGGCACACCCCUGGAACCUUCACCAAUCAGCUUCAGACAUCCUUUAGUGAGCCACGUCUUCUCAUCCUCACUGAUCCUAGAACUGAUCAUCAGCCUAUCAAGGAAUCUGCUCUGGGAAAUAUUCCAACAAUUGCCUUCUGUGACACUGACUCUCCAAUGAGAUAUGUUGAUAUUGGAAUUCCUGCAAACAACAAAGGGAAGCUCAGUAUUGGCUGCCUCUACUGGUUGUUGGCUAGGAUGGUUCUGCAGAUGCGUGGCACUAUCGCUCCUGGGCGUAAAUGGGAAGUGAUGGUCGAUUUAUUUUUCUACAGGGAUCCUGAGGAAGCUAAAGAACAGGAAGAAGAGGCUCCAGUGGCCCCUGAAUAUGGUGCAGUUGCUGAUUACACUGAUGUGGCGGUACCCACUGCUCGGUGGACUGCUGAACAGUGGGUGCCGGACAUGGGAGCUGUACCUGCCGUUGUUCCUGUAGUGCCUGUGGUUGAGUGGACUGCUCCUCAAGCCCCUGUAGCUGGCGAUGGAUGGGAGGCGUCUGCAGCCCCACCCCCACCUAUGGAAGGUGUCGUUCCUCCAGCUGUGCCCUCUGGUUGGGAGCCUGCCCCUCCUGCUCCCUCAGGCUGGGAUUAACUGCAGGCUAAUUGCAGUUUCAAGUUCCUCGCAUGUCAAAUUUUCUUCCGGCAAUCAAUUUUAGAUGAGCUUUGGUUUUGCUAUUAGUCUUUGGCCAACUAUGAUCUAUCUUGCCGAUAGGGAUGUUUUUUUUUUUUAACCUAAAAAUCUUGAAACAUGAUGUAAGUAAAAUUUGAAGCUUCAGGGAGAAUAGUUUUGAUGUCCAUGGCCUCUUGUUUAAUAUUAUUUGUGCAUUAUUAUUUUCAUUGAACAAGCUGUGCUGUUUAUGAUUGAUUAAUGCUACUGCAUUGUUUAUGAUUUGGUUUA